AUGUCUCGCCCGGUCCGUUACUUCAACCUCGCCGCAAGGCAGACCCUCUCCCGCAGGGGCGUCUCUACCCCCUCCGUCGACACCGCCGCCAUCAAGAACCAGGCCCAGGGUGUCGUUGGAAAGGCUACCGCUUUCGCUGAGCCCAUCAUCUACUACUCCCGCGUCAGUUUGGAAUUCCUCCGCUCCGUCGCCCACCACCAGAAGGUGGCCAUCCCCAGCAUUGACAACGGCAUCGUCGGUCUGUCCAACUUCUACGGCGCUUUCAAGACCGGUGCCUGGAAGAAGGUUACCCUGAGGGACGUUGGACAGUUGUCUCUCGAGGGAAUCAAGAUCGGUGGAUUCUUCCUUGUUGGAGAGAUGAUUGGACGGGGAAGCGUUAUCGGAUACCAGAUUCACGGUGCGGACAACCUCGACGGAGAGGGCGGUCACUAA